AUGGCCGCCCGUACGGCGGCGGACAAGACGCCGUACGGAAAUAUCGACGAUGUAGUGCGCGAUAGAGCGGCACUUUUGAGUGUCAAGGAGCUGUCAAUGCAGCUCCGGCGCCAGCAACUGAGUGGAACGGAAGUAAUUGCGGAAGCAACCGCAAAAAUUAUCCGCGGCGUCGUAAGCUCGGCCAAGUACUGGCGGCUCGAAGAGCUUAUGCGCAUGAUUCGCAUAGUUGGACGGUACUUGCAGGACUCAUUGCCAUCAGAUCCUGUUAUUGGAAAUAUUACACGGCGAAUUCUCUUUUUGCUGCGCGAAGAAGCGCGCGCGGCGGCACAUUUGGAAGGCGGCGCAGAGAAAGCGACACCGCACCCAUCCGUGGCACAGAGUUUGGCGGCGCUAUCUCUAUCGCCUAGCGCUCCAUCGUCGCCUGCAACCUCCAUACAUACGUCACGGCCUGUGGAUGUGAAACCGAUUUCAGCACGGAGCUUUAGUAUCUCGGACUUGGUGAAUCCGAAUGCCGCGCACGCUGCUGCCUUGUCGCACUUUUCGAUCGAUCAUGUUGGGAGCAGUAUGCAUGAUGCACUGUCGGAAUUAGACUCAGACUCGGACUCGGAGCAGCCCAAGCCCCAAGGCGCAUCUUCGCACGCGUACCAACUCAAACCGCUUCUCAUCCAGGCAAUCCAGGAGUUGAUUGACGAGAUCGAGUCUGCGGAUGUGAAUAUUGCCAAGGAUGCCAAAGAUCAUAUUCACUCGGGUGAAGUGAUCCUCACUCUUGGUGCGUCCAGCACGGUACGCAGCUUCUUGCGGUCCGCCGCGAAACACCGCAAAUUCAUUACCGUGAUUCCCGAGUCUGCGCCAUCUUUUAAUGGGCAUGCCUUGGCGCGUUCCCUAUCUUCUGCUGGCCUGUCCGUUCUUCUUGUGCCCGACUCAAACCUGUAUGCACUCAUGCCGCGCGUUUCCAAGGUAAUACUCGGCGCACGCUGUGUGCUUGCCAAUGGCGGCAUCCUCUCUUCGAUUGGCGCCAAGUCUAUUGCUAUGGCCGCACGCGAACACAGCACGCCGAUUGUGGCGCUUGCGGGCGUGUAUAAAAUUUCGCCAGACUGGACGUGGGUCGGUCCUGAGCGGUUGGCAGGAGGGAACCAGGGACCAGUGAACCAGGUGGUGAACUACGCCUCGUCGAAUGUGCUCGCGGAAUAUGCAGAUAUUGUAAACCCGCUGUGGGAUCUCGUUUCGCCAAAUGAGCUAGACCUGAUCAUUACCAAUGUUGGCGAGCAUCCACCUUCGUACGUGUACCGACUCAUCCAGGAAAACUACCAUGAGGAAGAUCUGAACUUUUAG